AUGAAUUCGGCGACGACGGCAGUGCCUCCUCCAGUGACGUCAUCGAACGGCUCCGAGGAGCUUCACCUUCCUCACCACCACCAUCACCUCCAUCCGGCCAUUCCAUUCCAGGUGAGCCGCUCCGCCUUUUUCCUCGAGGUCAGCCAACCUGCCUUUUAUUUAUCGCUCCGUUUUUCCACGCUUCUUUUUUGACACCAACCCAUCAAUUUCCCAGGCCGAAUCGCCGUUGUCGAAGCUCGUCGAGCACUGCAACAAGUUCGGCGCCGACGGGAAACUUCCGCUUGAAAAACUCGAGGUCCGACUUCCUUUUCUCUCAAUUUGUGCUUUCAGACUGGAAGUGUUUCUAGUUUCUCCUGUUUUCAAUAUAUCAGAUGAUAGUUUCUGGUCCCGUCCCGAAAUUUUUCUUUUUUAUUAUGAACUUGUUCUUCUAAACACGGUUUCUACUCCCUCCUUGAUGAUCUCUGAAGAUAGUUAUAACUACCGGAAUUCUGAAAAGUCGGUCUCAUUUUGUUUGAAACCGCGUGAAAGUCAAAAACCAAAAUCUGAGCUCUCAGUGUCUUCCUUGUAAAAUCCAUCUUUAGAAACUCGAGUUUCGACUUCCCUUUUGUCGCAACUUGCUUCUUGGAAACCAAGUUUUUUCAAUUUUACUCACUUUUUAUUAAUAAAUAGGAUAGAUUCAAUGGCUGAAACUGAGAAAAGAUGGUCUCCUUGUAUUUGAACCAUCUUUGAAGCCAAAAACUACCGAUUUUGAACUCAUCAAAGUCUUCUAGAAAUCUGUUUGAGAGACCGAGGUCUGACUCACCUCCGUCUUUGAUUUCAGCUUCAGAAGUCCCAUCCGUUUUCCUUCAUUUUUCGUGGUUUUUUGAGGAUUUAUCCUCGAAGUGUUUCAGAAUGUUUAUUUGAAGGCCAAACAGAUAAAAUCGGUUCAUUUUUGAUAUUCAACAUUCAUUUUUUAAGACUUUCCUGCUAGAAGCAUCAUGAAAAAAAAACUUGUCAUCCGUUUAAGGAUAUAAAUUUCUUUUAAUUCAAGAAAAACACAAACUAAAAAGGUUAUCAAAUACUAGACGUGAAAGGAGUCCAUUUCGGUAUUAAAUAUCUUGAUGAAUUUGAGAUCUUCCUUUUUUUCGAACUUUCGAUCUUAAAGUUUUCGUUUUUAUUUCCCCAAAUCUUCAUUUUUGUUCCAAAUUUCUCGAGAGUCCAGAGAUUUAAAAGUUAUUUCGAAAAAGAAAGUCCCUCAUUCAAAAAGGAAACAGAGAAUGAGCUCAAAAUUUAAUUCGGAUGGAUAAAUUUCUUAAAAUUAGAAGCCACUUUUAGUUUACAGUUUCAUUCCAAUCUUUUAAACAUUUCAGUUUCUUUCCGUUUCAAUAUUUUCGUAAAAACUUUUGAAGAUCGUUUCAAAACAUUAAAACGCGUAGUUCUGUUUUAAAAUCUUCUACGAAUUCUCUGAGGAAGAAAGAGCUUUGAAAACUUCGAGAAAAUUAAUAAAUAUUUCAGGCGGUCCGAACAGGAGCUGACAAGUUCAUACUUCCAACAGAUGUCGCCUACAAUCCAUACCCUCAGUUCAUUCCGAAUCCUAACUGGUGAGAUCUGAAGUCUCUUUGAAGUUCUUUUUUUAGAUUUAACUUUUUAUUUUUCAGACUUUAGUAAUUACCAAAUUAAAGAAGUGGAAAUUUGUGAGAUCUGUGCUGAAAAUUUUUCUUUUUUUCUCUAUUUAGAUUAAGUUUUUUUCUAGUUUCUUUUGCGAUUAAAAAAAUAUGAAUGAUGAGAAAAAAACUCAUUCCUUCGUCUCAAAUAGGAAAAUUUUAGAACUGAAACAAUUUCUAACCCACUAAAAUUCAAAAUAAAAAGUUAGGGUCAUUUUUUUAAGUCUCAAGAUUUACUUGAAGCCUUUCUUUGAUUCGUGGACCUGCAAAGAGGCCUAAAAGAGUUUCCGGCGAUCAAAAUAUGAAUGAGAGUCCUUUUUGAGCCAACAUCUUUCCUUCAAGUGUGAUUUUCAGGUGGGUGGACCAGUCGAGCUGGCCUUUGGCCUACCCGACGGACGCGACAGCCUACCAGUACCUCUCGCCGCUGGGAGGCCUUCUCAGCGCCUCGGCCUCGACGGCGACGUCGGCACCGACGUCCGGUUCUGCCUCCACAUCGGCCUCCACCUCCAGCUCCUCGACGAUAUCGCCCAGAAUGCCCGCGACCACGACAAAGGUUCGAGUUUAUUUUUAGUUGAAUGAAUCUUGCUGAUGUUCCAGCCAAAGUCUUCGUCUUCUUCCGGCGGAGGCGGUGGAAAGUACCCGGCGCGGAGCAACUGCGAAUGUCCCAAUUGCGCUGAGGCCGAGAGGAUAGGUUGGUAUUCCUUUCAGAAAUUUGGAAGACUUUUGUCAAAUUAGAUGCUCGGAUAUUAGUAGAUUGAAAUUGUGUACUCAUUUCCCGACGAUUUGAAAGCUCCGUUCGCAUUCAGAAUGGUUCAAGGCGUUUCGAGUUGAAACUUGUUCAUGUAAUCGUAACAAGCGCUAACCGUUUCGCAACCGUUACGCGUCAAGCCGUUUCGCGUACGAGCGUCGCAAAUAAAACUUUUUCGAAUGUUCUCUCUGUUUUUUGUUUUCUUAUACAAUGCGCUUUUUAAGUCAGAACCGCAUUAAGUCAAUUGAGAUUCAAAAAAAUAAAACUUAUAUUGGCUUUCUUAUCCCGAGUUUUUUUGCAAAUGAGUUCCUGUAAUUUAUAAAAAAAUUAAAAAAAUUAUUUAUCAUUUAUCAUUUAUUUUUUUCAGUCUUGAAGAUCGAGUGUUUAGUAUAGUACGACCGAAAAACUUUCUUUUUUAGUUCUCAAAAGCCUUUUCUUUCAAAGCACCUUCAGGAAAAACCAUUAAGGCGGCUCAAUUUUUACUCUCCAGGAAGUUCAGAGAGAGCUUCUGACUUCUGAAGUCGGAAAAGUAGGGUUUAUGGAUGGGUUUAUAAAUCGAAAUACUCGGAGUUCAGAUCUCGUUUUACGCUACAAGUAUAAAAAUUUGAACAAACAUCAAAGAUUUUCAUUAUUUGAACUUGGAACCCAUUCAUGAACAGUUGAACUUCCCCCUUCGGAAACUUUUUUUUCUUUCGCUUGAAGUUUUGUUAAAUUACUUCCAUUGAAACUUGAAAAAUCUCACAUGAAUUAAGUGAUUUCUAGAGUCUUGGGAACAAUUCAACUAACAGAAACUCGUAUUCACAAAAAUAAAUCAAAAAGAGUCAGUUGGACGAUUCUUCGGAUUCCCAACGUCGCCUCAAAAAUGGCCCAUUUCUGCAUAAGAAAAAAAGAACGAAGAAAGAUGGACGUCUUUUCUGCCCAUUGCUUUCCCAUUUCGAACGUUUUUCAAACGGCCCCAGCCGCGCCUAAUUGUUAGUUUCACACCUCGCCACGCACACGACUCUCAUCGCUUUAUUUCAUUCCGAAAAAGAAAACGAUCGCGUUUUUCAACUGAUCCAGCUAAAAUAUUUGGAUCUUGAUGAAGCUUUUAGUCUAGUAGUUUAAGAGUAUUUCUUACACGGUCAUUUUUUUAGAGCCUCUAAAAUUUUUCUGGAAAAACACUUCUAGUUCAUCUAUUUUCUCAUAAAAUCGGUUAAUUUUUUCGGGUCUACGAAACGAAAUACUUUAAAAAUAAACGCGGACAAAUUUAAUGAAGGUCUUGAGAACUUCUUUUCUAAAGCUCGACAGUUUCUCACUACCAGCGGAAAGAGAUAGAUAAAAAAAGAGCAGCGGAGCCAAUAAAAGCGAGAUGCCGCCCUGGUGGGAGCUCACCGUGCAAGAUGAACUCUCAUGAUAGUGCUCUCAGAGAUCCGACCGUUCUGAUUGCAACGGAUACAGAUCCCACAUCUGCUGCACCACAGCGUUGAGCCAUGAUUAUGGGCUUCUUUUUUGUUGGGACCAGGACUUUUGGAAGAUUUCGGUUGCUUAGUUGAAGAAUUUCCAAAAUUACAUUCAAAAAAGAGGAAAGCUAAAAAUAUUUAAAAUAAACUGCCUUGCUAAUCGUGUAAAUACCCUCUCAAAAUUUGUACAAACUCAAAUGCGAAAGGAAUACAGCGCGAAAGAUGUUGUAUUAAUCUAUGCUUCUGAUUUUAUAGGCAUCAAUAACGUGGCUGCGCGAAAACGCGGAAUCCACAACUGCCACAUUGCCGGCUGUGGGAAAGUCUACACGAAAAGCAGCCAUCUGAAGGCUCACCUCCGGUGGCACAGUGGCGAGCGUCCUUCCGUAAGUUUUCCUAUUUCCUUCAGCCGUACAGAAAAAGAAUCGUGUCUCAAAACAGGGCAGCUGUCUCAAAAUUCCCUAAUCCUCGGCGUUUAGCCUACGUUAUUCUAACGCUAAACGCAUAAUGAGCGAGUGUGACGCAAGAGCGCUAUCGUAUGCAAUGCUCCUGGCCUAUUCCAACCAGGAGAAGGGAAAAAAACGUCGACGAACCCCGUCAUUACAGUAACCCCGCUGGUGCCUCCUACUAUGCUCAUUACUCCCUGGAAAAGACCUCGAUAUUUACCUGAAAAUUUGCACGAGUUCUGGGUAUCUAUAAGUUGUAAUCAGAGGGACGAUAAGUGUUGGUUAUCACUGAUAAACAGAGCAGUUUUGCAGAGGCGAAGAUCCGGUGAAGCUACCCACUGA